ACGUGACUUCCGCUACUGCGGUAGCGCGGCGUCUUUUCGGCUGCGGUGCGCGGCGGUGGAGCGGAGCGGGCUCGGUGGGGCUGAGCGGCGGAAUUUUGUGUAUUAACCACUUAAGCAACCAUGCUGGCUGCAAGGCUAGUAUGCCUGAGAACGUUAUCCUGCCAGGCUACUCGCCCUGCCCUUAUUCAGGCUUCCCCAGCUUUAAGGAACACCAGUAUAAAAGCAUACAAGCUGUGGCAGCCUAGCCAGUGUUAUGCCACAAGAGUAAGAACAGGUGUGAGGCGUGGAAAAAUUGGCCAAGAAAUCAAAGCAGCAGCAUUUGAACCAUCUGCAGAAACUGCACUUAAAGCUGACCGCCUGGGAAGAUUAGUUGUUGCUGGAGGGGCUGCUGUUGGCCUGGGAGCUCUGUGUUACUAUGGAAUGGGCAUGUCCAGUGAGAUUGGAGCUAUUGAAAAAGCUGUUAUUUGGCCACAGUAUGUGAAAGACAGAAUUCGCUCUACUUAUAUGUACUUUGCGGGAAGCAUUGGCUUGACGGCAUUGUCUGCUGUAGCAGUGAGCAGAUCUCCGGCACUCAUGAGUCUUAUGACGAGAGGUUCUUGGCUGGCAAUAGGUGCAACUUUUGCAGCUAUGAUUGGUGCUGGAAUGUUGGUCAGGUCUAUAUCCUAUGAAGAUAGUCCAGCAGUUAAGCACCUUGCCUGGAUGAUGCAUUCAGGUGUGAUGGGUGCAGUGGUGGCUCCUCUGGCCUUCUUGGGUGGUCCUCUGCUGAUCAGAGCUGCCUGGUAUACAGCUGGAAUUGUUGGAGGGCUCUCGACUGUGGCCAUGUGUGCCCCGAGUGAAAAAUUUCUGAAUAUGGGAGGACCACUUGGAAUAGGCUUAGGCUUUGUUCUUGCCUCUUCAAUUGGAUCCAUGUUCUUGCCUCCUACAUCUGCUUUUGGUGCUGGCUUGUAUUCAGUAGCUGUUUAUGGUGGAUUGAUACUCUUUGGCAUGUUCCUGCUGUAUGAUACCCAGCACGUUAUCAAGCGUGCAGAGACUAUUCCGUACUAUGGAGUAGCUAAAUACGAUCCAAUCAAUGCGUGCCUGCGUAUCUACACAGAUACACUGAACAUCUUCAUUCGGGUGGCCACCAUGCUUGCCACUGGUGGAAGUGCCAGGAGAAAGUAAAUCAAGACUCCUCUCUGCAACUAUCUGAAAGAUCCAACUUCUAGGUUAUCUGCCCAGUGCAUAUACUAAAUAAAAAUUCGUGGGUACAAGCAGUCUUGCUGCAGGAGUCAGAAGUUUAAAGCAUCUUAGCAAAUUAUUCUUGGUUCAGUGCAAUGUGAUUCAGACUUGAUAGUUUUUCCUCAAACUCUUUUCAGUUUUGUGUUUAAAAUAGUGAGAACUGCUCCUAAGUGUACAUUAUUUUGGGAAAGUAAUUUAUUUUUAAUAUAUGGAGUAAAAUAAUUAGUCAGCUUUUUAGUGGACUUGACAGCAGUUAGUUUCCUUUUUACUGUAACUGCUUAGUAAAAGGAAAUAAUCUGUAAAGUGUUAUCCCUUAUGCAAAUAGCGACAAAAGCUACUUCAGGAAAUGCUGUUGAGAUAAAACAUGUUUUCAGUUAAGAUUGUGUAAAAUGAUCUUCUAGUGACACAUGAAGAACUGAACAAACUGGAUACAGCACUAUCCAGUUGAUGCCUUCUGGGCAGAAACUUCAGAAACGCUUAACUGUUAGAAAUCCAUUGGCCUGCAUGGAUGAGGUGACCAAAAAUAGAAAGGGGACAGGAAGAGGAAACUAUGCAGCAUCUGUUCUGUAUGAAAACUUCAGUCUUUCUGAAGCACAUAUGGAAACUACUUGUAGUUUUGGCAACUAGACAUGAAUUUUCAUGUUAACUGGGUAUAAUAGUAGCUAAGUUCUUCUGAUACUAGAAUUCUCAAACACUGAAUAGUGCUAGAGGGCUCUUUUCCAGUGAUUAGAUUUCAAUAUUGCAGGUGAAGCACGGUCUUACGGAAGAACUCCCAGCGCUCAGCUUCUUUCACAAGCUCAUACAGUUGGCACUGAGAGGGGCAAUUGAGGAUGUCCUGUUGUAAACCCAAGUAUCAUAAAUUUACCAUACUAUUAUAGUCUUUCCUUCCUCUGUUUUAACUCUUCUUCAGAUUGGUAUAUUUAGCUGAGUCUAAAAUGUUCCCUAUCAGUGAUGUUGACUUGACGUUAACAAAUACCUGCCAAACUCUGUUGCUGUAUGUUGGAAUAAGAGGUGAGUUCUUGGGCACAAGGAAACUUGGAGCAAAUGUCAACAACUCAAACUUUCAUUUUCUGAUAAAUAUGCUAUGCUCAUGUAUUGACUUGUGGAACAAUAAAAAUCUAGCCUCACGAGUUUACUGCUUA